AUGGUCAUGUCGGGCAUAGAACCCGUCAUGUUCAUAUUGGUCCCGGAGGAGCCAAUACCCGUGUUGGUCCAGAAGGAGCCAGCACCCGUGCAGGCUAUAGGUAAAGUUUGCAACUAUCCCAAUGGACAUUCUGAGACUAUUCUCAAGGCUCCUGAGGUUGAUGUUAAUAACGCUGAGCAUUCUAAUUCGAUUCCUUCUAAGGAAAAAAGAUCGCUGCUAGGGUUAUAUGAUAGUGAACUAUGCUCUGAUUCUUUUGAUAUGGGGGAGACCAGCAUAAUAUCUAAUAUUUUAUCUAUUGAUUUUGAUCCAUGGGAUGAGUCACUGACAUCACCUCCGAACCUUGCUAAGUUGUUGGGUGAAAAUGAUAAACAACAAGGUUCUUUUGGAUUUCAAGGUUCACGGAAAAAUAACACUAGCACUCAAUCAAGAAAUUCUAACCAGAUCUCCUUUGGCCAUGAAUUCUCCGACAGCAAUAGCUUCCAGCUUGAGAAGUUAGAUAAUCGCAAUGGUUUCCCUGCUUUUAAUGGACUAGAGUCCGAGCUCUUUGCUGACAAUCAUUCACAUACGUCUUCUAACAGAAACUCUGGUAAGUUUGAUCUUGUGCAGUUCCGUGCCUCGCACACGACGCCGCUGCCGGGGCUGGACCACAUCUUGCACCCCAUCUCCGACCUCUACCGCAGUCCCGCACCGCACCCCGCCUUCCUGUCUGUGCCCAAAAACAUUUCGAGGCCUUACUGCACCGCAAAUUUCGUGGUCCAGUCUCAUUUUGUUUCGAGACCUCAGGUAUUAGCUCCGCCAGGGUUUUCAGUGCCUAGUAGGACACCGCCUCCAGGCUUUACUUCUCAAGAUAGAAUCGAUCAAAUUUUUUAUGGCUCUGGAAAUCAUUUAGUUGAUUCUUCCUCUUUGUUAAGACAUAAUUAUCAGACGCCUCCACUUAGUAAUACCAUUAGUAAUGGAGAUAUUGAAUUUAUAGAUCCUGCGAUACUGGCAGUUGGCAAAGGUCUACUUCCAGGUAGCGUUAAUAACUCAGGCCUGGAUGAUGUAAGGGCACGUUAUUCUUCCCAGUUGAGUACAUAUGAAAAAGCAAAAUUCCAAUCUAUGUUGCAAAGAUCUCUUCCUUCACACCAGAACCAAAAAUUUACCAGGAUGGGUGAAACUUUGUCUCCUCUUGGUGAUGCUUAUUCUAUUUCCUCUGGGCUUAUGGAGCAAACACUAGCCAAUAAUAUGUCUCCGGUAUCCCAGUUUAGUUUCCCUCAGUCAAGGAAUGGUUUAAUAUCUAAUGGCCAAUGGGAUGGCUGGAACAAGCUUCAGGCUGGAAACAAUUUGGGCAUGUCAGAACUUCUUAGGAAUGAGAGGUUGGGAUAUAAUAAAUUCUAUGGUAGUUAUGAAGACUCUAAGAUUCGGAUGCCGAGUUCGGGUAGUCUAUACAAUGGAACUUACGGGUAUUGAUAUUUGGGCAUGGUUGGUGUUGUCAAGAAUCAUGAGAUAGGAAUAGUAAUAUUUCAUACCACUUUGACAAACCUGCCUAAAUUGAUUGAACCAAUUGGCAGUCAAAAUACCGAAUAACUUUGUAGUAUUCACUUUAGAGAGUGGGCCAAGAUUUGGAUAUAUUACCAAGUAAGCCAAUGGGAGUGAGUUGUACUUAGUCCGUCAGAGCUACUUUCUGGUUGGUAAAAGGAUCAGCCAUUCACAAAUGUCGAUCUGGAAACCAACAGCUGAAAGGGGCCUGAGCAUAAGGCUUGGGGGCUUUUGAUGGCUACACGAUGAAUUGUAGGUUUGUGAAUGUCUCUCCGCUGCUGAUCCGAUCGGAGAGAGUUGGAUGAAUGAUAUCAGAUAAGUGAUGCCUUUACUACUCUCAUCUGUUCCUGUUGAUAAUUGAAUAGGCAGAAGGAAGUUAGAUUUCAGUGUUUGCUUCGAACAUUCAUUCUUUGCAGAAACAAGAGUAUUAAAAGUUACGAAUACAUCUUCAAAAUUUUGGCUGUGUAAACUCUUAUUAUUCGUUUUGUGAAACAAAUAUGUGAUGGCUUGAACAGUCAAAUGGAGUAUUUAAUAUUAUCUCCUUUGGUGCAAAUUAUUCGUA